CACCAGUGAAGCGACUGAGAGAGCGUCAUGAUGCUUCAGCGAAGGCUCACACAAGCGAUAGCGCGUCGCGCGCUUCUUCGGAGGCCGUCACAAGUGACGUCCGCAAGGAGAACACCGAUAGCCCCUGCUGGCUUACCAAGGUCGUCGUUCCGAACCUUUUCGUCAACUCCCGAGCCGACAGCUCGCCCGAAAACGACCUUUAUCCAGACCUUGUUGGAGGCGUUUGACGACAAGGAGCGACUGAUGCAGUGGGACGAAGACGGCCUCUUUGACCCCGACAUGCCACAAUCCAAGAAAGUCAUGAUGUUUCUCUUCUUCCAUCGGUACUUUGACCCGCCUCCGUUCGACCUGCGAGACUUCCUCGACGGCGCGCAGGUUGCCUUGGACCUGGUGUUCCACACCAUGUACUCUCCCGAUUUCAUGAUCGCCGCGACAAAUACCGACGAAGACAGAACGUUCAAAACAGAGAAGCUCUUGGAGUCCAUCAUGACUCGGUCGUGUGUGGAUGCAAUCAAGAAAGAGUUCAAAGCAUACCAUGACGAUGGGUACACGGAUGUCGAGUUGACCAAGUUCGACAUUCACGAGUGCUCGCUUCACGACGUGACCAUCUCCAAGGACCACAAGUUGUUGUACGUGGACGUGCUGUAUCGCACGACGGAGCACCUGGCGAUGGCCAAAACAAAUGCUGUCACAACAACUGAAGUCAGGACUUCGCACUGCCAACUGCGCUUCCAGACUGCCAUGGACAAUCUCGACAAUCCCGACUGGACCAUAGCACGAGUAUUUGACCACUAAACAGUCUUCUUCCUAACCCAGAAGCGGUCGACAGGUUCAUGCCUC